AUGGCAGGCCAGGCGCUGGAGCUUGCAGCACUGGGCCUGACGGUGUUGGGCCUGAUAGGAGCAGCCGCCAGCACCGGGAUGCCCAUGUGGCGCGUGACCGCCUUCAUCGGUGAGAACAUCAUCGUUAUGGAGACGCGGUACGAGGGUCUGUGGAUGAACUGUUUCCGCCAGGCUAACAUCCGCAUGCAGUGUAAGGUUUACGACUCGCUGCUGGCGCUCACGCCCGACCUCCAGGCUGCCCGCGGCCUCAUGUGUGCCUCCGUGGCGCUGGCCGUCAUCGGCCUGCUGGUCGCCAUCGUGGGCAUGAGAUGCACCGCGUGCAUCCAAGGAAACGACCGCGCCAAGCGUCUUAUGCUCGCCGCAGCCGGGUCGGUCAUCAUCAUGAGCAGCUUGUGCUGCAUCAUUCCCGUCUCCUGGACCGGUCACGUGAUCAUCCGUGACUUCUACAACCCGCUCCUGCUGGACGCUCAGCGGCGGGAGCUGGGCGAGGCGCUCUACAUCGGCUGGGUUUCCGCCGUCUUGCUCCUGGCUGGCGGAUCCAUUUUCGCAUGUUGCACCGGAUCCGGCGAGAAGCGACCCGACCAGCCUCGCUACGUUUACGACAAGAGCGUGCCGUACGUGGCGUACCAACCUCAACCGAUGGUGUUUCAACCCAGACCCGCGGGCGCCUACAGCUACGGCUCCAGAGAGCCCUCGUUCCUCCAGCCGUCGUCUCCGCCAUCCAUCAUCCAGACGUCCAGGCAGCAGAGCUUCGUCCGUCCGUCCCGGCAGCAGUCGGUCCGCAGCGGUGUGGCGUAUCUGUAA